GUCAUAUUCAAGAAUGAAUUUCGCGAAGACCUUUAUUGUGUUCGCAGUUCUUGUUGUCUGCGUGAUUUCUUUAGCACAGGGGAGAAAAAAAAUGUGGAAAUUUGUCAAGAAAUUUAAAAACAGGAACAAAAAGAAACCGUCGGAGCUCUCCAAAAGUAUUCACAACAUGAUAAAGACAUCCCUGAACACAACACACAACGCUUUCAUCAAAGAAGCCGGAACCGGGGUCGAAUUCGAAUGUGAAACAACCGCCACUCGGAACAUCUUCAAAAUGUUCCCAAGGGCCACCUACCGAUGGACGCUAAACGAUGGACCGCUAACGAUGGAACCUGAGAGGAUGGUAUUCCGGAUGGGUGACCUCGUCAUUCAGGGGUUAAAGGCCACUGAUACGGGUCUUUACUCGUGUCGUCUGCAUUACACAGAGCGGAAGGUGCUAACCGUUGGCGUUUACUCUCUAUAUGUUAGAGCUGAUUAUGGAGCUACACUGGUUACACAGGGAAGAGAAAUCCAUUUACAGUGUCACGCACAUCUGCUAGGUGUUUUAUACCCUGGAUCCGUCAAAAGCUGGUUCCAAAACGAAAAAAUCACGUCAUUACAUGAAAUAUCUGCCAAACGAAAACAAAGUGACGUCAUCAAAAAGGCGUCUGCCAAAUUGGAGGGGAAUUGGACAUGCGUAGUUUACAAUCCAUUUAACGAAAAGAAGUGGACUACUGCUUUUUAUAAUAUCAAAGUACUACCUUCUCCAAAAGGAGUGGCCUUAAUUUGGGAUUAUGUCAAACAUAAUGUGAAGAAGACUAUUCUGAUGUUGUGUGGCUUUUUCUGCUUUAUCAUGGUGAUUUCAUCCAUCUUUAUUGACAUAGUUGAGAAGAAGAUGAAAAAGCAAGAAAAAAUAGCAUCGAAAAUUGAGCAUAAACUAUUGGAGAACUCUGGUUGUGGUUUUUAUGAUAAUGACGGAAAUUUUUGUUACACGGAUAAAGAAGGAAAUGUUGUCGUCUGCAAAGAUUCUGAUGACGAAGGAAAAAAGGGUGCAACAAACUUGACCGCAAAAGUUAUUGACAUGGGAAAAGCAGCUUUAGAAAAGACAAAAGAUUUGAUAGAAGGCAGCCUAGGAGAAAGCACUGAAAGCACUAAAAGCACUGAAAGUAGCAAAGACGACGUGAACAAAAACGCAGCUAAUGUCAGCACAACUCAAACGAUUGACUCCUUUAGUUUUGAAGACAAUACGUUAUUAAGCUUUGUAGAUGAGGAUACCUCAUGGGUUUACGAAGACUCGGAACAUUCUUUUACAGAAACCGACAGCUUUGAUGACAGUUACAACCAGAACCGUCCUCUUUUAUCGUCCCACAAUUAUCACGUGAAUUUCCGGUAGCUUUCCAAAACUAUCAAUUUAUUCAAGGCUUUUACAUCAAUUAUUCUUUAGCUUGUUGUGCAUCUUUAAUGCAUGUACUUUUAAAAUAGUGUAAGACUAUAAACUUUAUAAUGUGUGUCUGAGAUGUACCACUACGUACGUUACAUUGCAGCCGGGAAAUAGUUGUUUGCAAUUGUGAUACCAAUUGUAUCUCUU